AACGAAAUAUCUCCUCCCUCCCCUUCACGGCACGCAUGAAUUUAUUCUUCCCACGCCGAACUGGACGACCUUUUCCACCCGAGAGCGACGACCCCCGAGCCCCUCGCCGUCGCCAUCAACCCCGCCGCGGAGGGGGCGGUCGUCCCAACCCCCAACCAGUGUUAGAGCUCCUCCCGUUGGACCGGGGUUCGGGGGUGGGGAGCCAGCCGCCGCCGGUUUGACCUGUGCGAUAAUUACAAGAGGAGCUGGGGGUGGACUGGAAAGGGGAAGGAAGGAGCCGGCGAUGGGCGGGUGGAGCUGGUUCUGCUGCGGCCGAUCUGUCGCCGGGGGCGGCGGGGUGGAGCUCCCCGAGCCGUUUCAGCUGCCGGCGCCCUUACCUGAGUGGCCGCAAGGAGGGGAUUUCUCUAAGGGCACGAUAUGCAUAGGAGAGCUUGAUGUUAUAAAUAUUACCAAAUUCCAGAGUAUAUGGAGCUGCUCAGGAGCUACAUUUUAUGAGCCCGAAGAAGUUCCUGAGGGUUUCCACUGCCUUGGGCACUAUGCCCAACAGAAUGACCGACCUUUACAGGGAUUUCUUCUUGUGGCAAGGGAUGUGGCUAGCCACCAAUCGAUUAAUAGCAAGCCCGCCCUUGAUAAACCAUUAGAUUACUCCCUUGUUUGGACUAGUGCUGACUUAAAUGAAGAUGACAAUAGUGAAUGUGGUUGCUUCUGGUCGCCAUCUCCGCCGGAUGGGUAUAAAGCCCUUGGCUAUGUGGUUACUAAAGGACCAAAGAAGCCCUCACUGGAAGCAGUUCGAUGUGUGCGACAUGACCUCACAGAUGCAUGCAAAAACUUCAGUUCAAUUGUAAAUAUGGAAAGCUCAUGCCAAGUUUGGAAGACAAGGCCUUGCCACCGAGGGGUGACAGGGCAAGGUGUACCAGUUGGUACAUUCUCCUGUGAAACUGGUUCAGUAAAUAGUGAGGAAUCAACAGUUCCCUGUUUGAAGAACUUCGACUCAAAUUUGAGAGCCAUGCCUAACUUGGAGCAGAUCCAUGCAUUAAUCAAGCACUAUGGCCCCACUGUUUUCUUCCACCCACAAGAGACCUACUUACCAUCGUCAGUUUCUUGGUUCUUUGAGAACGGAGCUACACUGUACAAGAAAGGUGUAAAAAUGGGAGAUGCAAUACUUACUGGUGGCUCGAAUCUGCCUGCUGGCGGGACAAAUGAUGGUGAGUACUGGAUUGAUCUGCCUGAUGAUGACAGGAAUGAGUAUGUCAAAGUUGGCAAUCUGAAGAGUGCUGAGCUCUAUGCUCAUGUUAAGCCCGCUCAUGGAGGGACCUUCACUGACAUUGCGAUGUGGGUGUUCUGCCCAUUCAAUGGGCCAGCAACAAUCAAGGUUGGUUUUGCAAGCUUUGCUCUACAGAAAGUCGGUAGGCAUGUUGGAGACUGGGAGCACUUCACCCUCCGAAUAAGCAAUUUCUCGGGUGAGCUCUCAUCUAUCUACUUCUCGCAGCACAGUGGGGGUGAAUGGGUGGAUGCUUGUGAUUUGGAGUUCUUCUCAGGAAACAAAGCAAUUGUUUACUCGUCGAGGAAUGGACAUGCAAGCUAUCCCCACCCUGGCUGCUAUCUGAUGGGAUCUGAGAACCUUGGUGUUGGAGUAAGAAACGAUGUGGCACGAAGUGAUCUUUCAGUUGAUUCGAGCACGCAGUAUAAAAUCUUAUCUGCGGAACAUCUGGGAGAUGCUGUUGUCGAACCAUGCUGGCUGCAGUACAUGAGAGAGUGGGGACCGACCAUCACAUACAACUCGCGUUCAGAGAUAGACACGGUACUUAGCUUCUUACCGUUCUUUCUCCGGUUCACAGCGGAAGCAAUAUUUAACAGUCUUCCGGUAGAAUUGUACGAGGAGGAAGGUCCUACAGGACCCAAGGAGAAAAACAACUGGGAAGGCGAUGAGAGAUGCUAGGUUUUGCCGCCUUCAUGAUCCAUCCCGGUUACCUAUAUAUGUACCCUAAGGCUGUAUUUGAUAAAAAGGCUGAUAUGAUAUGCUUUGCCAGAGCAUUUUACCACUAGAUUUUUUAGAUCAAUGCUGCAAAGCAUAAAUGAUGAAAGGCACUUGUCAGGUUAGACAUUGCUAUAUUUAUUCAGCUGGAUGCAAGUGAUGCGGUGCAUAACCACUUGUGUGACUGCCAAAUCGUGCUUGUAUUGUACCAAACAUGCUUUAUUGUUUUUUAAAAAAGUGUCUACCAUGUUACAUUUA